AUGGGGGUGCUUACACACCACAAAAAGGGCGUCCGGGCUCUUGCGCUCCACCCAACCGAGUUCACAUUCGCUUCAGCAAGUACGGGCAGUAUCAAACAGUGGAAGUGCCCUGAGGGUGCUUUCAUGCAGAAUUUUGAGGGCCAAAAUACCAUUAUCAACACACUUUGUGUCAACGCAGAUAAUGUCCUCUUCUCCGGUGGUAAGCAGGUUGUCAAUGCAGGCCGAAUAUGCAACGUCACUCACAAUUCUCGAUAUAGGGAUAAUGGAUCGAUGAGUUUCUGGGACUGGAAGUCCGGCCAUCAGUUCCAGUCACUUGGCACGACGGCCCAGCCCGGCUCUUUAGAUGCAGAAGGUGGCAUAAUGAGUGCUACUACUAUCCGCCUCGGCGAUUUCUACAGCCCUCCUACAAAUAUCGAGGGCCCUCCUGGCAUCGCCACUAACAGCGGCUACUUUUCUGCUGGCAAACUGUAUAGCAUCCGGGUCAACAAUUCUUCCUGGAACACCUUCAAGACGAGAUUGGAUGAUCUGUACAAGUUGCUCGUGAGUGUACCCAGGAAACGCGAUUCUCGUUAA